ACGAGACAUAGUUGUGUCAACAUUCGGCGACGUCUGGUGAUUCAGUUGAGUGGCUUUUUGCUUCUUAACAGGAGUACACUUGAUUAUAAAUGGGGAUAUAAACAGCUUUUCUACCAUUAUAUUUAUUUUUGAUCAACACUACCGCUCUUUGGUGAUACAAUGCGUAUUUAGAGACCAAAACAAACCACAAUGUUCCACAACAGCUCACAAAGAAAGUUCUGGACCUUUAAAGGUGAGGAUGAGUUGGAGCAGAAAAGGUGUAACGCUAAUGGGAAAUUCCGUAAGAAAGCUAUAGAAACCGGAAAGCCUGGCCUGAGUGACUCCUUGUUUUUGGAGCGUCAUGAGGAGGACGCUUUAUUUCGGCUCUAUGAGAGGCGACUGCUUGACUUCUGCAAUGCCUUUAAACCCAUAAUGCCCAAGUCUGUGGUGGGCACAGCCCUCAUGUACUUCAGAAGAUUCUACCUGAACAACUCCAUCAUGGAGUACCACCCCAGGAUCAUCAUGUUAACUUGUGCAUAUUUGUCCUGUAAAGUGGAUGAGUUCAAUGUGUCCAGCACUCAGUUUGUAGGCAACCUUCUGCAGGAGACCCCAGCAGGACAGGAAAGGGUCUUGGAGCAAAUCCUCGAGUAUGAGCUGCUUCUGAUCCAGCAGCUCAAUUUCCACCUGGUUGUCCACAACCCCUACAGACCCAUGGAGGGUCUGCUCAUUGAUCUCAAGACUCGGUACCCCACGAUGGAGAACCCGGAGUCACUGAGGAAGAGUGCAGAUGACUUUCUGGCCCAGGCGGCCAUGACAGAUGCAGGGCUUUUGUUUCCUCCUUCCCAGAUCGCUCUCACGGCUAUUCUGAACAGUGCUUCUAGAGCUGGCAUCAACAUGGAAAGCUACAUGACUGAAUGCCUGGGGCUGAAAGAGGACAGAGACACUCUUUCAAAGAUGUACGACUCAAUGAGACGCAUGAAAACUCUCCUGAGGGGGUAUGAACUCCCCAAAUCAGAGGAGGUGCACAUCUACAAGCAGAAGUUGGAGAGAAUCCAUGCUGAGUUUGCCAUUUCAAGCAACAAACGAAAGAGGGGAUAUGAGGAAGAUGGUCACGUGGCCAAGGAACCUCGCUUGGCUGAGGAGGACUGGAGUGACGAAGACCUCAUGUGAGCUUGAUGUAGUCGAAUCAAGCUGUAAGGAACUAUCCCUAUGACUUAAUUGUAUUUUCUUUACAUCUUCAGGCCUCUUAUCAGUUUGUGUAAGAUUUGUUUUGCAAAUAAAAUAUGUUUUCUAAAGAAA